AUGGAGAAUCAGAAGCCUGCCAAAGACCCGAGAGCCUUUCCCUGCCCCUACGAGGGCUGCCUGCAGGCGUUUCCAUCCGCAGGACAACUGAUCAACCAUAAGAAGUUCACUGCGGAUCAUGAGUACUGCGAGAGAUGUAACGAGGACUUCCAGUUCGAGGAAGACUUACUCCUCCAUAAAAUGAAAAGCUCCAGACACAUCAUCUGCCCUGUCUGCUUUGAUGAUUUCCGUAGUGAAGGUGGUCGAGAUGUGCACAUCCAGCAGUUCCACCGUGAAGAGCAGAAAAUCGAAUGUAUCGGGUGCAAGGCCAAGUUUCUCCGUGCCGCCGCCCUGAUGGUACAUAUCGAACAGGGCCGCUGCGAGAAGAUCAGCGUCGACAAAUAUCGAAUGAGACGUGUUGAGAAGAAAGCUGUCAAGGAGGCGAUGGAUGACCAGCUGCUCGCUCACCAUGCCUUCUUGCUCUCCUCCGCUACCUCCAGCAUUGACGGAGGAGUCGGUGUCGACGGUUUACUGGGUGAGAGCUCUCACAAGGUAGCCGAAAUCGAGGCAAAGAAGGCAUCCAUCACUGAAAAGAUGAGUUCCCUUGGACUUGGAGCUGGCCUGGCAGGCAACAGUGCUAUCCCCGACGCACUGGCUGGGUCCAAGUCCGUUCGUAGCACUAAACAGUGGCCUACGCUGCCUGGAGGAGACAGUGUCAGUGACGGCAGCGGGCCUUUACCCCGAUACAACUACCAGAUGGAGGAUCUCAUGGCCUUCUCGGAUGCCCCUGAUGCCGGAAGAGAUGACGACAGGCCAACUAUCGAAACAAUCAUCCCCGGCCCGAGAGCUCCCAGUGCUUCAGGCUCCGGCUGGGAUACCUCUCGCAUCGUCCCAGCCCGCACACUGACCGAGAUGGAGAUUAGCAGAAAGAUCAGUCUGUCUGAGGGUGAGCUCAGCAAGUUCUUCAGCGAAGUGCAUGGGACUUAUAUAUGCCCUUGCGACACUUCCUUCAAAACCAAGAAAGAACUCGAACAGCACAUCUCUUCAGGUGUUCAUGCAGGCGGUGUCGCUCGUUGUCCGGUCUGUCUGCGCAUGUUCAAGUCUUCCGCCGCACUCGUUGCGCAUUGUGAGUCCGCCACCAAACGCUGCAAGAUCAGCCAGACGAAGAACUUCGGCCAGGUAAUCGAUGAGAUAUCCGGAGGUAUUAUUGGAGCUGCCGGUCGUAACGAGGAUGGAACCGUCCGCUUUGAAGCUGCGCCGGGAGCCAAAGCGAUCGAGUGGUGA